GAGAGCUGUGAUUGGUCACAGCUGGUCACAUGGUACAAGGCUGUUGUGAAUAGUCUUGUACAAUGUGAUCUCUUUGAUCAAUCACAGAUUUCACAAGUAGUAAGCAAUGAUGUCAGAAGUGACAUCUUGCUUACACCUAUUCAUGUGAUCACUGAUUGGACAAUCAUGAUCACAUGAUCGGGACCUCACACAGAGCUCCCGUUCUGCGAUCGAAAAAAAUCUGCAGUUUUUCUCCCCAUCUAUGGCCUGCAUAAGGCUGUCCAUACACUAUACAAUUUUCUGUUCAAUUUCUGCCCAAUUUCCUUUAGAUUUACCUUCAACUAUGUAGUGCAAGGGCCUGCCUAA